AGAACCUUACUCUACUUUGACUAGAGGUAGCUGCUAACCAAGUCAUUAAAAGCCCAAACCCCCAUCUAUAAAUACCAACCUUUCUCUCCUUCACAAUCACUUCCCAUUCUAUUCUCAUCUCCCCAUUCAAAAACAACAAAUCAAGAAACAAACCACACAGUCACACAGUGCAUUCAAAAAUGGUGAAGGCUGAGCAGAACAAGAUCCAAUCAGAGCCGUCCAAAGCAAUGCCAUCAUCGUCGUCGUCGUCGUCGUCAUCAAGCAAGAAGAAGUUCAAGGGAGUGAGGAUGAGAAGUUGGGGUUCAUGGGUGUCUGAGAUAAGAGCGCCAAACCAGAAAACAAGAAUAUGGUUGGGCUCUUACUCGACUCCUGAGGCUGCCGCCAGAGCCUACGAUGCUGCUCUCUUGUGCCUCAAAGGCUCCUCCGCCAAUCUCAACUUCCCAAUCUCAUCCUCACAACAACACCACCACCACAUUCCCGAUCAUCAUACCAUCAUGUCCCCCAAGUCCAUCCAAAGAAUUGCAGCUGCAGCAGCAGCCAAUGCCGCCGCCACCCCACCACCACCACCGCUUCCGCCGCCGCGUUCAACAUCCUCAUCAUCAUCCAUGUCGUCCUCACUGUCUGAUCAUCAUGUUGAUCAGGAUGACGUACUGUCACUAGUUUCAUCAUCUCCUGAUCAUCAUGAUGAGCUGAUGUCGGUGAUCGCGCCGUGGUACAGCUUUGAUUAUUCUCCGAAGUACACUGACAUGAUCAAUGGCGCGUUUUUCGAUCCACCGAAGAUUGACGAUCUCUAUGAAGAAAGCGAUAUUCGACUUUGGAGCUUCUGCUGAUCAAAUUAUUCAAACCAACCCAAUUCGAAAUUGUUGAUUAAUCUGUUUAUUUUUUUAUUCAAUCAGAUGAUCUUCAAAUUUAAUUAUAUUUGAAGACAUUACUGACAGUGCAUGUUAGGAAAAUGAAUUUCAGUAGAGUGAGACAUUUUUUUUUGGACUAUAUGUACAAUGUCAUUCAUGGACUUCCAAUGUAAUAAGAGGAAAACUUUUUUAAUUC